AUGGCUGAUGAGAAACCCAAGGAAGGAGUCAAGACUGAGAACAACGAUCAUAUUAAUUUGAAGGUUGUUGGGCAGGAUGGUUCUGUGGUGCAGUUUAAGAUUAAGAGGCACACACCACUUAGUAAACUAAUGAAAGCCUAUUGUGGACGACAGGACACACCUGCACAGUUGGAAAUGGAAGAUGAAGAUACAAUUGAUGUGUUCCAGCAACAGACAGGAGGUGUCUACUAAAAAGGUAACCUGCUACUUUACUCCAGGAUUUUGUUAUAGACCAAGAAUACAUUCUCAGUUAGAAAACUGCAAUUUGGUUCCACCACAUCCUGACUGCUACAGUAUAGUUUUCUCUAUUCUUUCAUUAUCCCCUUCCCUAU